CUGAUCGUGAUGAGUAUAAUAACAAUUAUAAUAGAAGCAGCGUGGUAAAUAAAAACCAAUCCAAAUCUGUAGAAGUUUUUUUGUGGAGGUCUGUUGUUGACCUGGGUCGGUAGUAAAAAUCAACUAAUAUUAUCUGUUUCUCCAACAUUUCCAGACAAUGCACAACUUGAGCCGCUUCAAAAUAAAAUAAUAAUAAACACAUUACAAACUGAUUGAAAUUGCACUCCGAAAUGGAUUACAAACUGAUACUACCCUAUAUUACACUGGUGUUGGUCAGCAGUUGUCGCUGUGCCUCACUUUUUGAUAUGACGACAACACCAACAAUUGCUCCAGUUCCAAUUACAACUCCUCAACCUCCCACGAAUCGAGAUAUCACCAUAGGACCUUGUAAAUGGGCCAUAGGUCGAAGUUGUCCCGAUCCGGAUAUCAAAUACUUUAUUUAUACACGUCACAAUUUAAUGGAUCGACAGAGUCUGCAGAUUGAUGACACAAUGGAAAAAUCAAAUCUUACCAAUUCAUAUUUUAACCCCCGACAUCCCACCAAGAUUCUUAUCCAUGGCUAUAACUCGGAUAUGUUCUUGAAUCCUCUUCAAAGAAUGAGAGAUGAAUACCUUGCUAAGGACGAUUACAAUAUCUUCUACGUGGACUGGAGCGUACUCUCCCCGGGUCCUUGUUACAUAAGUGCCGUGCACAACGUACGUCAAGCCGGAGCCUGCGCCGCUCAGUUGGUGGAGCGUCUGGUGGAGGCAGGCAAUACGGAUAUACACAUCAUUGGCUUCUCGCUGGGUGCCCAGGUGCCCAACUAUAUAGCGCGUGCUUUGAAAUCAUUUAAAAUACCACGAAUUACCGGUCUAGAUCCGGCAAUGCCACUGUUCAUUACGGCCGGAGUCAAUGAUAAACUGGAUCCGAGUGAUGCGGACUUUGUGGAUGUGAUUCAUACAAAUGCCUUGGUUCAGGGGAAGAUGGAGCGAUGUGGACAUGCGGAUUUCUAUAUGAACGGAGGCAUCUCACAGCCAGGGUGCACGGGAUGGAUGAAUUCAUUUGCCUGCAGUCACCAGCGUGCCACGGCGUAUUAUCUGGAGUCCAUACGCUCACCCAAGGGCUUCUGGGGAUGGGCCUGCAGUGGUUACAUCUCCUACCUGUUGGGCAUGUGUCCAGCAACCAAUUAUCUACUGGAAGCUGGCGACAAUACACGUCCCAGCACACGUGGCAUGUUCCUCAUCGACACAAAUGACACCUCACCCUAUGCCCUGGGCAAGUGGACGGAUCUACCCACGCUCGGAGUGAAGCAUCCUCGCACACCACCGUAUCCACUGAGAAUCCCACCACAGAGCGUUGAUCCUCUAAUGCAACACAUUGAUCAGUUUGGCAAGCUGUCCGGGAAUUUUAACAAUCUUCCAGACGAUCCAAGUCAUGCGGAGAAUCCCUAUGAGCAUUGGACCAGUUACAGUCCGCCGCAUCAUAAGGAGAGCGAGAGCUUUAACUCUGUGGAGGAACAAGAUUCGUCGUCAGAGUUUGAGGACAUUGAUGAUCGUCAGUUAAAUGCUCCUGUGAACUGGUGGGACUAUCGACGUAAUCUCACCCAUGGUUAUAUAGACAAUAGCGUCUUCAGCAUGCCAAAGGUACAUUAACCUCUUAAUUCACUAAUGCUACUCCUACUUGCCCCUACCCCAUGUACAUACAUACAUAUCAAUAACUCUGCAUUUAGAAACUAACUUAACUUAUUUACCUGUUUCCUAAAGUUAUUUUUAAAGUCUUGUGCCUAAAAACUUGUUCUAGAUUCCAUUGAAAAUACUUGAGAUUUAUUUUUCAAGUUUAUAACCGUUGCAUUCUUCGAAAUUUUGUUCCAAGUUACGGAUAAUGCGCUUUAGUUAUUCCGACACCAGUGAAAACUGCCAUACUCAAUUUAUAUUUCAUAAAGCUAGAAAUUUUAUAAUCAAAUCUAUAGAGAAUUCUUAAAAAAUUCUAUCACAAAGCUAAAGAAAACAAGUCAAUGUGAAUUUCCUAUUAAUGAAUUGAUUGUAUUAUUUUUUAAAUAAAUCGCAAUACAAUAGCAGUUCGU